GCCGAGCUGCUCCCUCCCUCCCUCCCUCCUGGCGGCCGGGGCGCUACUGACAGACCGAGGAGCCGGAGCGGCGGCGGCGAGAGCGGGUCGGAGCCUGCCGAGACCCCCCCCUCUCCUCCCCCGCACCCCCACCGGCCCCUGUAGCGCCACCCCCACCCACUCCACAGGGUUCGGCGCCGGUGAAUGGGAGCGACGGGCGGCACCGGCCUCAGGGAUCGAGGAGAAGCGGCGGCGGCGCGGAUGGAAUGAACCUUCCCUGUUGAAUGCCUCCAGAUUUCCUGUUGGAUUUCACGUGUGGAGAAACAUUUUCCUUUUGGUUGAAGCUGCACUGUGGCAGACUGAAUUUUGGAUCCAGGAUUCACAAGAUUUUUUAAUCUUGAAGAGGCAGCCACAGCUGAAUCACGUUAGCCUGACAUCACAGCCACCAUGGUGCUGUCACAGAGGCAACGAGACGAACUAAAUCGAGCAAUAGCAGAUUACCUUCGAUCCAAUGGUUAUGAAGAGGCUUAUUCAGUUUUUAAAAAGGAAGCUGAGUUAGAUGUGCCCAGAUUCCCCUGUUCCUAACCCUGGGAUGAACAGGACCAUGGGUUACCGACAAGGAAGCUGACCCAGCUGGGACUCGGUCCAGGACACAUUGGGUUGAAAGAGACUGGAGGCAGAAGGCCAGACCACUAGGCCUGCUGACUGAACAGACAACACUGCUACAUAAUGAAGAGCUAGAUAAGAAGUAUGCUGGACUUUUGGAGAAAAAAUGGACAUCCGUUAUAAGAUUACAAAAGAAGGUGAUGGAAUUAGAAUCUAAGCUAAAUGAAGCAAAGGAAGAAUUCACAUCAGGUGGACCUCUUGGUCAGAAACGAGACCCUAAAGAAUGGAUCCCUCGUCCUCCAGAGAAGUAUGCAUUGAGUGGACAUAGGAGUCCUGUCACACGAGUAAUUUUCCACCCAGUUUUCAGUGUUAUGGUCUCUGCUUCAGAGGAUGCCACAAUAAAGGUGUGGGAUUAUGAGACAGGCGAUUUUGAACGAACCCUUAAGGGACAUACAGACUCUGUGCAGGAUAUAUCUUUUGACCACAGUGGCAAACUCUUGGCCUCCUGUUCUGCUGAUAUGACCAUUAAGCUAUGGGAUUUCCAGGGCUUUGAUUGCAUCAGAACCAUGCAUGGUCAUGAUCAUAAUGUUUCUUCAGUAGCCAUCAUGCCCAACGGAGAUCACAUAGUCUCUGCCUCAAGGGAUAAAACCAUCAAAAUGUGGGAAGUUCAAACAGGUUAUUGUGUGAAGACUUUCACGGGGCACAGAGAAUGGGUGCGCAUGGUGCGACCUAAUCAGGAUGGCACCCUGAUUGCCAGCUGUUCUAAUGACCAGACAGUGCGUGUUUGGGUGGUAGCAACAAAGGAAUGCAAAGCUGAGCUUCGAGAACAUGAGCAUGUGGUAGAAUGCAUUUCUUGGGCUCCUGAGAGCUCCUACUCCACCAUAUCAGAAGCUACAGGAUCCGAGACUAAGAAGAGUGGUAAGCCUGGGCCUUUCCUGCUGUCUGGAUCCAGAGACAAGACCAUUAAGAUGUGGGAUAUUAGCACUGGCAUGUGCCUUAUGACCCUUGUGGGCCAUGAUAACUGGGUACGUGGCGUCCUGUUCCAUUCUGGAGGAAAAUUUAUUUUGAGCUGUGCUGAUGACAAGACCCUCCGUGUCUGGGACUACAAGAACAAACGAUGUAUGAAAACCCUUAAUGCGCAUGAACACUUUGUUACCUCUUUGGAUUUCCACAAGACAGCACCAUAUGUGGUUACUGGCAGUGUAGAUCAAACAGUAAAAGUGUGGGAGUGCCGUUGAUUGAAGUCACAUUUGACCCCCUUUUCCUCUGGAUGCACUCAGAUACCAUGGUUAUCCAUUGAGCUCUGUUUAAAUAAAUAUUGUCCUUUCAUGUAAAUUAUUCUGGAUGUAGAUUGAGCUUAUUAAAUGUUACACACAAAGUAUUCAUGCAUGGUGAAUCCAAAUUGUAUACUGUAAAUUUACAUACGUUGUCUAGAAGUACCAUAGGUUUAAGAACAUGGGCUGGCAUUGGUCACAUCAGACCUAAGAAGGCAGAAGUUGGAUAACUGAAAUAGGGCACUUAACUGAAUAGCUGACGGUGUCGUUCUAUGUUGUAUAAUUAUACCUGUUUUUCUUUCUGCUGUCUGUUGGUGCCUGAAUUGGUGACCUCAUUUGGGAAAAGUUUUGUAGGGCUCUUUCAGAAAUGUGUAUCUAUAUAACAUCACUUAAGUGUGCUUAAUAAAUCUUCUCUAAGGAUACUAGAUAAUAAGGCUGCAAUUCAGAAUCUUCUGAACCUUAUAUGUAAUUAAUGGGAAUUAAUUAAACUUGGGGAUUUUUGUCAUGACACAUUUGCCAAAUCAAUAGAAUACGUUUGUUUUGGCCUCCUGUCUCGCAAAGGGUGGUGUAUUUAUAUAAACAAAUUAACUUGUAAAUCUGAAAUAAGAGAACACAUCUUAGUAGCAGCUGAUGUGAUAUAUUUAUUUUAUUUGGUCAUUCAGUGGUUAAGCUAUAUGUAAAACUUUAAGCUUAAUGCUUUUCUUGUUAGACAUACUUCCAAGAGGAGUCGUCCUUCCUAGUAGAACUUAAUGAUCUGAUUUCCAUCUAGAGCUUAAUCUCUACAGUGACUACGUUGUGGUAGCAGUUUACUGUUUGGUUCUGACAUGGUUUGUGUGCAAUCCUGUUACCCAAUAUCAAAGGACACUCUCCCUGUAUUCUGUGUGGGAAGCAGGGGAAUACAGGGGUUCGUCAGUGCCCCCUCAAAGCCUUCUGAAAUGUGAGGUAAUAUAAAACAUAACAAGUUUUAAUGUAGCUUGCAUCAAAAUUUACUAUAGUCUGUGUAAGAAAAAGAUCUUAAGGUACAGUAUUCAAAUUCUUUCAAUAAAGCACUAAAAUGGAUCUGAUUGUAGAGUGAUGGACUCCAUUACAGAUUUUGAUACAAGCUUCUAAAAAUAAUUUUCACAUUUAUAGCCUUAUAAUGAGCCGCCCAAGUGUGGGAAUGAAACUAUCAAGUAAAUGUUAAAAACCAAACAAAAUCUUAGUCUGAUUUGGUAAUUCGUAACCCAUUUCUGGUAGAAGUUUUAAUUUGCAUAUCCCUAAAGUUACAUAUUUUGAUCCGAAGUGAAUGAAAAUAUCAAAUGAAUAUUUUAAUCAGCAUUUUUGUGACAAAUUCCAUUGUAGAUAAUUAAGAAAUCCAUUUCUUAUCUAACCAGGUCUUUUUAAAAAUCCACUUUAAAAUUUGCAAUAUAAUGAAGUUACCAGUCUGACAUUUUAAUAGGUGAAUUUAUUCUGUGCAUUGUUUUAUUAAUUUUGUUUACAUGGCUUUUAAAACUGUCCCUUUUUAAAGAAAUGAUUCAAUGGAAAGCAUUGGAUUGGAGGGUAUACACACACUAAGGAAAAAAUGGUGAGUGGUAAGAUUGUUAGUUUCCUACAGUCACAUACAAAAAGGGUCCAUAAAAUGACCAGAAGGAGCUGGAUUCUGUUAUUGGUUCCUUGCAUAAAUGUGCCUCUGGUGUAGGGGAGGAAACUGAGCGUUGAAUGUAUUUUGAAAGCAGAUGAAGAUGGAGGCUAAUUCCUUAGAUCUAGUGGUUUAUAUCAUUCAGGAUAAUGUUUUCCACAGUAAAACAUACACAAAUUUGAAGUCUUUGUUUUUGCUUAAUCUGUUUCAACUGGAAUAACUUGCUGCUAUUUAUUUGUCCUAUUUUGAGAAUUCCAAAUACACAGAUGGUGCAUUUUAAAAUUUCUUUAUACAUCUGCGACUGUAAAGUAGUACUGCAUUUUAAUUCCUGAUAGGAUCUAGCAACUUCAGUUAUUUAAGGGUAAAGUAAACCCCACACAUGUACAUAAUUCAUAAACAUGAAUGAGAAACUUAAAGGUACCUAUUAUGUGGAAAUUGUGCACUGCAUUUUUUCCCCUGUAGCAUGCAAUGAUUUACAGGGACAAAGAGGAACUAAAGUUUUGUAAGCAGCAUUUUAUUUGAUUGAGAAAGUGAAACACCCUGCUGAGUAUUUAAACUUGCAACAACUCAAUUUGCAAUCUUCUCCUUUAAUAAGCAGUGAAUAAUCUCAGGGAUGGUCCUAAAAUGGAUCAAAAGUUAAAGCCCUGUUUUUAGACAAAAAGUGAAGGCUACAACACAGGAGUUGGGUUUAUGAGUUGAUAUUACGCUGUUGAUCUUUUUCACUGUUUUCAAUGUUUUCUGUCAGCUGUCUAAUCCUGUGCCUUUCCUGUGAUAAGUACAAUGAUGAGGUUACUGGUUUGGAUUGUAAAAGGAAUUUAUUGGAGGGUUUAGAGGUUCACUGCUGCUUUGUCACUUUCCUUACGAAAAUUGGCAUUUUUAAAAGAAAACACAUAGUACUACAUUCCCAAAUAGACAAAUAGGAAUUUUGUUAAAAUGAAUGAGAACAGACAGACAUUCCAGUGCCACGCUAACUUAACGUGCCCAGGAAAUCCUAGAUGCAUUCUUGAAAGUGCAAAAUUUAUUGUGGUUUAGACAUAAUCUGAAAAUUGAUGUUUUAUAGCAUCUUGCACUUUAGAAGAUUAAAAAGCCGUCCUGCUUUUGUGUAUGGUGUGACCAAUGAUGUGCCCAGGGCACUAAAUAAAAAGAAAAAAAAAGCAAAGCAAAACUAGUUGCUAGCAAGUUCUCCAAGGGCUGUGGAGCACUGUAGUGGUUUGAAAGCUUCGGCUAUAGACUCACCAAGCCCAGUCUACUUAUACUGUCAGUACCCUGCUUCUCCGUUUGCCUCCUUCUGUUUUUGUGAACUGCCUGGUAAUAUCACUCUUAAAUAGCUUUUGUUCUCAUAAAAGCUAUUUAAAAGAAAAAAUAUAUCCUUUUUUUGUUGACCGUGGUGGCUUGAUAAUCCUUUAACAAUUUGAAGAUUAAAAAUUGCUGAAUUGAAUGAAGGAAAAAGGCACUUAGACUGCUCAUUCUCUAUCCAGCUGUACAUAAAGUCCAGUGUGUUACAAAGAAACCUAGUUACUACAAAGAAUAAUCUCCAUUAGUGGAGAAAAACUACAUGUAAAAAAAAAAAGGUAGGGAAGAACACUUGGGAGAUGGGGGAAGUGAGCUGGAUUUACAAGUCACGACUGGAUUUAACUGGCCUUUUUAUCUUUCCACUGUGUCAUGUAAGUAGCUGCUUUCUUGUCCUACCUAUCCUUCAGGCUUCCCCCAGUUCAUUCUGAAGAUAAGUUAGUGAAAUCUUCAAGUUUAGAAUUUGAUCCUGACCUUGACAUUGACAUGAAGGCAAACAUCAACUUUUUUCAUAAGAACGAUGUAGAGAUUGCAGUUGGAGAAAACAGUUCCCAAACUGUAGGAGUUAACUGAAGAUAUGACACAAUAAUAAUAAAAUCAGUAAAGGAAUGUAUAUAAUACUGCUCUGUGUUUUACAGUAAGAUUUGUUGCUCAGACUGUGUAAAACAAAAUUUAUUCAUGUUUUCUGCAUAUUAAAAAAAUCUUAUUGUACCAAUUGGUAAACUAUUAAAUGCAUAUAAAACUA